AAUGUAAGAUUUUAUUUUAGAUAACUGAAUCAAGAUGCCAGCCUGUGCUGUAGCUACAUGUAAGGUCUGGAGUGGAGGUUGGUCGAACAAGAAAACUGAAGCCUCAUUUUUUAGAUUUCCAAAGAAUCCCGAAGUCCAGGCUGCGUGGGUGCAUAGGUGUUACCGCCAAGAUCAAUUCAAUGUAAAAAAACGCUGUUGUGUGCUCUGAACACUUUGUUGAGACUGACUAUGAUCCAUCAUAUCUAGUCAAGAGAACUCUGAUGCCAAAUGUGAAGCCUUCACUGAAACCAGAUGCCAUCUCUUCAAGGAACCUACCCUCAGCCUCAUCACUGUCAAGGCCAGGAGAUGACACCAGGGGAGGCCGACUCGAGCAGAGGAAGGAGAGGGUGGUGGUGAAACAGCUUCUUGAACAAGGGCCUGGACAGAUGGAGAUCAGUGGCAGCGACAGCAGCUUCGCGAUCCAGCCGACGAGGAGGCUGCCGAGCAGCACGAGCAAUGGGAGGCCGCCUACCAGUCGGCGAUGGGCCAGCCGCCUCUGCCACCCGCCCCUCCUGCUCACGAGGACAACAGUCCGGACACAGAAGAGGCCGGGCCAUCCAAUACUCGACCGCGGACCGCUGAACUCGGCGUCAACCGCGAGGCGCUCGCGUUCGUGGCCGGCUAUGUGGCAUUCAAAUGCCGGCAGAUCCGCGGCGACCUCGGCCAACCGACCUCGUCUUCUCUGGCGCCAGCGUCCGUACCGAGCCGCUGGCUGGAGACAAUCAGCCGCGGCAGCCUCUACGUCCCCAGCCAGUGGUGGAUGGGCGUGGUGGAAGAUUUCAACGACACGUUCAGUGACGUGAUGGGGCCGACCGCGGUCAAGACGCCUGGCAUCGUGAAGCG